AUGAAUACCACAGAAAGAGAACUUCAGCCAGGCUUCCGAAGGAGCCGCAUGUCAUCUAUAAAAGGACCCAGGACCCUAAAUGUUGUAACCUUUAAUCCCACUACAAUUAGCCCUGGUGAAGACCUCUAUAUUGACAUACCAAAGCUAAAACCUGACUCUUGCCUUGUUCCAGGAUCACUUGCAUUGUUAUUUAAUUUUAAGAAUUCAAAUACAAAAAGCCACUUCAACAAUAACCUAGCCAAACUAAUUGCAAAACGACUUCAGAUUAAAGUAGCAGGUGAAACUGCUUAUGAUUGUUCAGGAGAGAGCUUAUAUGAAAUUUACAAAGAUCUAUGGCUAACAAAUGGUGACAGAAACAAAAUGACAGAACAAGGUCUUGCAAGUGAGAAUCUCAGAAAGUUAAUCUCAGGUGACGAUUCAGGAGUGAAAGUAGGUGAUGACAACAAAGUAGCAGAUGGACUUAUUCAUAGCAUUUACGGAUCAAAGAUCAGAAAACCAGUUGAUAAAAUAGUUACAGAUCAUGGUCUCUAUGUUCCAUUUCAUAUGAAUAACAAUCCCAUGUACAUCCUCACACUCCCGCAAUCAGAUGAGAUUAUGACUGCCCAAGGAGGUGAAGCUAAGGGUAAAUAUAAACUUGACAAUCUUGAGUUAGAAUACGAAACCAUUGAGAAUGACACCCUUGCUGGUGAAGUCACACGGUUGUAUUCAACUGGUCGCUCACUGUCCUACAAACACGUUACUCUUAUGCGUACGAGUAAUUGGGACAAAGAUCUUACCAUUGUGAAUGAAAACAUAAAUAUCCCCAGAAAGAGCAUGUCAGCAAUUGUCCUCCUAUUUACCAAUAAAGCGAGAACUGAUUCUGAAGAAUAUAUUUACCCAAAUAUUGAUAAAGUGAAUCUAACCAUUGAGGGUGUGCCUAAUGCAGUUUUCUCUCAAGGACUUCCUAAAAAUAGGUUCUUUGAUGAGGCAAAAAGAUUCUUCUGUCCUAUGUGCGAAAAGGUUAUGGCUGACGAAUUUAUGACUAUCAGCAAGUUCUUCAAUGAUGGUUUCGCUCUAGUAAUAGAUUUAAGAUCAACACAGGAUGGCACCACAGGAGGUGGUAAAAAGAUCAUAAACACACAAUCUGGAGUACUUAUGGAAAUCAAAAAGAGAGCAACAACAGCAGAUGUUCAGUGCAACAUUUUUGUUGUAUCAGAUGCCUUGCUUAACUUUGCUAAUAGAGAUCUAUCAAGUAUUCAAUAUUAA